AUGGUAGAAACAUCUGAUGUUAAUACCUUUGUGGCUACUGUGGCUGAUUCAUCCAAGAAAGUAACGAUUGACUCAUCACACCCAUUUUUUCUUCACCCCUUAGACUAUCCAGGAAUGAACCUGGUUUCUUCAGUUUUUGAUGGCAAAAGUUAUGGUGUUUGGCGUAGAACUGUUGUGAUAGCUCUUUAUACAAAGAACAAAUUGGAUUUUAUUGAUGGAACCAUCUCCAUUCCGGAUGAAAGCUCUGGGCUUCAAAGUGCUUGGUCAAGAGGAAAUGACAUGGUCUUGUCUUGGUUGCUUAACUCUCUAUCAAAGGAGAUUGCAGAGAGUGUGCUUUAUUCUCACAAUGAAAAGGACCUAUGGAAUGAUUUGGAAGACAGAUUUGGUCAAACAAAUGGAAAGAACUUGAAGACUCACCAAGACCAGAGGUUGUUGCAGUUUCUAAUGGGGCUCAAUGACACCUACAUAGGGGUGAGAAGCAAUAUUCUAUUGUCUUCUCCUUUACCCACUAUUGGGCAAGCCUACUCCCUCGUGAUUCAAGAUGAAAAACAAAGGGAAAUUCAUGCUAACCCUGCUCAUCCAGUAGAUUCUUCCUCUUUCAUUGCAGCCAACUAUGCAGGAAAUGAUAAGAAGAUGAAUAAUAAUAGAGGACAGAAAACAGAUUUUGAUGCUAAGAAAGCAGGACUUAGAUGCGCUUACUAUAAAAAGGUUGGUCACAACAUUGAAAAGUGCUACAGGCUCUAUGGAUUCCUGCAGAUUUUAAGUUCACAAAGCAGAGGAGAUAUCAAGAAGGAGUUCAGGUUAACAGUACUUUUAACACAGUUGGAAAAAGUGAGCAGGGAGGUCCCUUCACUGAAGAGCCCUACGGAGAUUGGUAAAGAGGAGGGAGGACUCUACAUCCUCAGAUCAAGACCUUCA